CAUUUAUUUUAAGUAUAACAGUUAUUCUAUAAGUUUAUGGUAACUCAUUAUCUUUUUUCUUUUUCUAAUAAGAUAUCAACCUUGGGAAUUACUCAGAGGGUGUACAGAAUCAAUCAGCUAACACUAGAGUUUCUUCCUCGAGACAAUUUGAACCCAUUUGCAAAUUUCACUGGAUAGAAGCAUUUAAUGAUGAGAUGAUAUUUCAAGACCUGAGCGAGGCUUUUUCUUCCUUGGAGAAGCCUGAGCUGCAAAGCCAUGAGUAUAAUACAGUGGACGCCGGUGAGAAGCCCUAUGCACUUAAGGGAGAGAAUCCGUUGGAAACUAGGAUUUCCGAAAACCAAGACCAACUUGUUCAUGAGCACGUCAGGAAAUCUAGAAGUCUGUCUCUAAACUACUACAGAGGAGAGACGCAGCCGUUGAUGGAAAAGUCACUGGCUAGAAGCUCUGUCGUAGAUGUCACCUUCAACACCAGUCAGCCUCAAAGCUUUCUGCGUAGAGAAAAUGGCUGUGCUAGCGGUGAAAGUUCAUUUGAUACUGAGGAUUGCUUAGACCUGCUUGACUUGAGAACUGAUCAUGAAAUAGAGCCUGAAGUUUCUUCCAAAGAAAUGCAGCAUUCUGGGGAGAUUUCCGAGACGUCCGGCAGUCACCAGCAGCAAGUCACAGAAGACGGUGUAGACAGCCUGGCCAUAACUCCUUGGUCUCCAGCGGGCAUCUCCAAGAGUAGAUCUCAGGACAACUGCACAGUGCCUGAUAGGGAGCUAAGCCUUGAAAGCUUGGAACCCCUGGAAGAGGACAUGGCUUUAAAUGAAGCCUUGCAGAGAUUAAAACAGAUUAACAAGAAACAGGAAAUGCAGAUCCAAGAGCUCCACGGUAGGAAUUUGUACUUAGAAAACAAGGUUAAAGAACUACAGACGAAGGUCACCAAACAGCAAGUUUUUGCUGACAUCAUAAAUAAACUAAAGGAGAACAUUGAGGAGUUAAUUGAUGACAAAUACAACGUACUCCUGGAGAAGAAUGAUAUCAACAAGAAAUUCCAGGAUCUGCAGGAGGUUUUGGCUAACACCAAAAAGCAUCUUCAGGAAACCAAGAAAGACAAGGAGACCUUGCAGCUCCAGGUUAAAAAGAUCAAGAUCCAUUAUGUCCAUUUACAGGAAAGGUACGUCGCUGAGAUACAGCUGAAAAACAGAUCGGUCAGUCAGUACCUGGAGAUAGAGAAGACCCUAAGCAAGAAAGACGAAGAGCUGCAAAGACUGCAGCGAUACAAAGGAGAGCUGGAGAAGGCUACCAGUUCCGCUUUGAACUUGUUGAAAAGGGAAAAGGAGACUCGCAAACAAGAGAUCUUGUCUUUUCAGGAGGAAUUCCAGAAGCGGGAAAAGGAGUACCUGAAAGAAAGGCGGAAAUUGAAAUCAAGAGUUGAGAAGCUGACGGCCCAAGUGAAGAAUUUCCUCUUCACCUGUGAGAAGGAGAGGGCUAAAACUACGAAGUUCCAGCCGCAGGUGGAUGAGCUGGGACAGGAAAACACGGGGCUCUGGCAGCAGUCUGCAAAGGGGGAGGUGCACACUUGCACCCCUAACUUUGAGAUAAUUCAGUCAAGAGAGCAGCUGGAGGAAGCGAUGGAGCCAGAUGGCACCCAGGGUGAAAAGGGGCUACCUUCUAAUUUGUUCCUGAAUUGCUCGCCUUGUAAAGAAACCUCGGAACUCCCACCUAUGAAGAGAACUUCUCCACUGGCCUCUAGAAUGCACAGUCUUUUGGCCCUGACAGUAGGACUUCUCACAUGUCAGGAUAUCACCAAUCCUGACACUGAACAUUGCCAAGAUAGUAAGAAAACUAAUGACAUAAUGCUGCCAAAACUGAAGAGCCUUCAGCUUCAAAAGAGAGAUUUAGAUAAAGAGUUAUUGAAACAUAAAAACAGAAUUGCAACUCUUAAAGAGUUAAUUGCUAAUGAAAAAGCACUUCAGCAUCACACUCUUGAGGUCACAAAUUUUGAUGUGGACGAAGCCAGGAAUGCCAGAGAUGCACCUGUGUUAUUGGCAGUCAAACUGGAUAAAUACCACAAUCUAAAUGAGGAGCUUGAUUUCUUGAUCACAAAGUUGGGGGGCCUUCUAGAGAGCAAAGAAGACCACUACAGCAGACUCAUCGAGGAGAAUGACAAGUACCGGAGACAUGUAGGCAGCUUAAUAAAUAAGGUAACAUCAUAUGAAGAAAUUAUCAAGUGUGCUGAUCAAAGACUUGAGAUAUCCCAUUCUCAGAUUGCACAUUUGGAAGAGAGAAACAGACAUUUGGAAGAUUUAAUUAGAAUGCCUAAAGAGAAAGCCAGAAGGCCAAGACCAAGACUAGAAAAUCACCCAAAGUCCAUGACCUUGGUAGAUCAUCUUGAUGGACACUGUAAAGAAUGUUCCAUUUCCACGUGAACUGACAGUAACACAUGAUUAAAUGUUCAUUCC